AUGGAGUGUACCUCCAUGGACAUCGACUCUCCAGGUGAGUACGACUUCAAAUUCGACCCCAUGCAGGAUCAAAAGCCCGUUCGCUUUCCAUACAACCAUCCCGCCUGGACUGAGAAUCGCGAAUCCUCAAACCAAGCAAACAAUACAGGUAUGUUGAGCGCUUUGCCUCUUGACGUCUUUUGGACUAUGCUCGACAAAUCUCUUUUCGAACAUGGUGAUCUUACCCUGCAGCAUGACGCAUUCCACUCACUCUUCAGCCUCUCUCAGGUAGACCCUCGGUCAAACCAGUACGUUGAGGAGUAUAUUUCCCGCCGCCAGCCACAGCACUUCCUUCGUCGCGAACUGGGAGAUAUUGAGACUCUGCCCUACAACGAAGGUGACAACAAUCAGAGCUGGUAUCCAGGACAGCGGCACCACUUCCCUCCCAACGCCGCUGAUGAUUUCCUUGGACGAGUCAUUCAAGCGGACUGCCCUUCCUGCUUUGCCUAUCUUCUGAACUACUUUGAGCUGGAUAUCGGGAACUGCAACAAGUCUGGCUGGAGCUUUGCCUCUCUCGCUCUUAUUAACCAGUCCGUCAAGAUCCUGAAGUACAUGCUCAACCAUCCGGGCUCGUUCCACUCUUUGGCAAUUCUUCUUCUCGGUCCCGCAAAUAUCAACUUCCCUCGGCCCACUCCCCUCGGUUUUCUCGGCCAAUGCGGAGACCGAGAGUAUCUAGAUCAAAUUUUGUAUCUCGUGGGAGACCGUUUUGCUAACCUGCGACUUCCUAGUGUUGUUGACGGCGCUUUUACUGAUGAUGAGAUCAUUUGGCUAUGCUCUUAUAUAAGCCCAAACCAGGCCCGGCGGCUUCAGGAGCUGGGCGUCCCCAUUACAAACCGCCACGACCCGGAAACUAAAUUAACUUCUUGGCAUGGUGCCGUUGCGAACGGUAAGGAUUUCUUGGAAUACAUGAAGCUAACUUCGCCCUUGAACCCCUAUGAGAUAGAUGAGGAAGGACUCUCACCCUUGGGCUUGGCGGUAUCCCAAGACAGAGUCCAUGCGGUUAGGUGGUUCAAGAAGCACGGUCUAGCUAAUGUUUCACAGGAAUAUGGCAAAAUCACAGAGCUUACAAUCGCGAUGCAGCAGACCUCGGGGGAGAGCCUGUGUAUUGUUCAGGAGCUUCUUCCAAGUGAACCUGGUAAGUAUCUACCCCGAGUCUGCGCCGCUGAACUGAUGCACCACAUUGUCCUUGCCCUGCAUACGAAGGACAUCCAGAUGCGAGGAACUUUGGGAGAUGAAGACUACGAGGGCUGGCGACAAGUGAGUGAAAUGAUUGCAAUUGAGAAGUGCAAGAAUGUUUGGGCCUUGUCGGGUACGAAGGACCCGGCUCGUGAUGGCUCUUAUCGAGAAUCGGCGAGCGAGCUGGAAUUCACCAAGAAGCAUUAUAAAUAUGCACGGCAAAUUGCUCAGUUGAUUCGAUUCAAGGACUUGGCAAAGUGGAUAUAUUCUCGGUCUGAGAGACUUUAA